CACAUCUUUAAUCCCAGCACUCAGGAGACAGGCAGAGGGAUUUCUGUGAGUUCAAGGUUGGAUCUCACAUCUUUAAUCCCAGCACUAGGCGGGUGGGAAGUGUUCUGGCUGGGCAGAGAGAGGACUACAAGGCAGGAGGAGACAGGAGCUCAGAUGCAGUCCAAGGACUUGUAGUGUACGAUGGCCCCUUUGGUCUGAGGGAGAGCGAAGAACUAGUGGCUGGCUGUGGGGCUUCUCUGACUCAAUAGCUGACUCCAGGUUUUUAUUAUUAAGACCAAUUAGAACUCACACUACAAGGUGGUCCCUGUGCUGCUAGUUUUAAGUUAACUUGACAUAAGCUAGAGCCAUCUGAGAGAAGGGAACUUCAAUGGAGAAAAUCCCUCCAUAAGAUCAGGCUGUAGGCCAUUUUUUAUUAUAUAUAAUUUCUAUUUUUUGUGUGUGACUGUUUUACCUGCAAGCAUGCCUGUGCACCAGAUGUAUUCCCCCAAUAUCUGCAGAGUCCAGAAAACAUGUGAUCCCCUAGAACUGGAGUUACAGUUGUGAACUGCCAUGUUGGUGCUGGGAAUUGAACCUGCGUCCUCUGGAAGAGCAGCCAGUGCUUUAAGCCACUAAGCCAUCUCUCCAGCCUGGGGAUUUUCUUUUCAAGACAGGGUUUCUGUGUAACAGCCCUGGCUGUCCUGGAGCUUGUUUUAAUGACCCCCCUGCCUGGCCUCCUGCAUGCUGGGGUUAAAGGCGGGUGCCGCUGCACCCAGUGGAAAUUUCUUAGUGACUGAUCUGGGAGGGUCUAGGCCAUUGUGGGGCGGUGGUCCUGGGUUCUAUGAGAAAGCAGGCUGAGGAAACCAGGAUGCAAGCCAGGAAGCAGUACUCUCCCAUGGCCUCCAGGUUCCCCGUCUGAGUUCUUGCCUUUGCUUUUCCAGUAGACUGUGGCAUGGAAUAUGUUAACCACAUAAAAACCCUUUCCUCCUGACGUUGCUUUUCGGUUGUGAUGUUUCUUCACAGCGAUAGUAACCCUAAGACAGUCUCUCACCCUGCCUGGGGGCGUUGAUACUUCUGGCCAGUAAGCCUCAGAGGGCAGUUCAACUUCAGCAAGGAGAGAUUGGCUCUCUGCCAUCAGUGACGUGAGUGUUCAGGCCCAGCAAGGUGUAGGAGAUCCCACUGAUCCCGUGCUCCACUGCCACUCCUCCCUGCUCCUCCUCCCGGCCUCUGUUCCCGCCUCCCCCGCCCUACACCCCAUUGCAGAUAUAAAGCCCCGUCCGGUUCACAGACUUCAGCCACAUUUCCCCUGCUCCUGCGCACAGCACAGAUCCAUGGCCCAGUGUGGGACGUCGGUGGCCGCCGCCACCCUGGCGCUGCUCUUGCUGCUCCUGCCGCCAAACCUUGCGUGGUACAAGCCUGCGGCGGGACCCCAGCACUACUCGGUGGGCCGCGCCGCGGGGCUGCUGUCCAACUUCCACAAGUUCCCGUCCCAGCGACGCUCCGAGUCCCCAGCACUCCCUGCCGGAAUUGGACCCCUACGCUUGGAGAUGCGCUCUAGCCUAAGGAGCCUUGCCCUGUGUGUCAAAGAGGUGACCCCGAACCUGCAGAGCUGCCGGCGGCAAUUCAACAGCCCAGGGACUUUGCAGUGUAAAGCGGACGUCUUCUUAUCGCUGCAGGAGGCUGAAUGCCAACAGCCUGAGCCCUGAACCCCCCAUGUCCAGCCUUGCUUGAAGCAGCGCAGGCCGUCAUGUGGGUUGGCGCCCGUGACCCCCAACUCCUACCAUGCUCCACAGCAAAUGGCUAAAUUAAUAAAGAAGCAAAGCGUGUCUGCUGAGGGUUGCUGGAGGAGGUGACUAGUGCUCCUGGGAGUGGGUGAUGACGGAGCAGGCCCUCGGCCCUGCUAGGCUUCCCUAUAGCAUCCCCUUCCCUGGCCAGGCUGGGUCUUUCCCUCUUCCACAGAGCAAGAACCGGUAUAGAGGCUCCCCAACCCCACAGUCUGCACAGGUGACACCCCUACGUAAGUAGUAGGCACUGGGCAUAGAGAGUUCCUAGUAGGGCAUCUGAAACAGUCCCACCCAUGCUGCCCCUCGUCAGAGAAUUGCCCUUAGCAGUCCAGGUUCCUAGGUUCUUUCCGGAAGUCCUGCUUUGUGUCUUGCCUCACCCUAGGCGACCCUGAUGCUUCUGGGAUUCCUACUGCCCCCACCCCUAACCUUGUCUGACUCCCACCUUUUAAAGUCCCUCCCCAAAGACCUUGAAGCACUAAGUACUUAGCUACUGUAUGUUCAACAAAUCAGGACCAGAAGUGAGGUGCACUGAUCCAGAGUAAGGCUCUAACGGCACGGGAGCCCUUAGACCCACCCCUCACAUAUUCUGGGCGCUGGCCACAAAGCCAAGUGGGCAGCUGGCUUGAGUCCUGCCUUCCCUCCCGCCCAAGGCAAACACCCCCAGGUGCCAGCUCAGUAGUUGAGCGAGCUCUGGUCUGGGAGCCCCUGAGCCUGCUGUUGAGGGUGUCUUCCUCUCCGUGGUGCCUCGCCCAGAGGCCAUGGGUGGCACAGAGCAUGCCUGCCAGUGCAGUGUUCCUCUGGAGACCAGCACACUCGGUGGCUUCCUUGACCUGAGACUGUGCAGGGUAUUCCACAGCCCAGGGUUCUAGCGUGGGCACCACCCCCGUUCCUAGCAGGCAGGGCUGAGCACUGUACCUCUGAGCACUGUACGGGCUGGAGGUAGGUAU